AUGACAGAGAAUCAAUCCGAGGUUCGGGAGCAAAUACCGCUUCUCAUGGCUCCAAGUUACCUAGCCUACACGUAUUACCACGCAACCCCAGUCUUCAAGAAGUUGACAUUUGAGCUCGCUUUGGAAAGUGCCCAUCUGCCACGGAAUGCCACAGGCCAUGGGCAGCAUAAUCUCAGCACUCUCGUUUCACAUGGAUGCGAGAAGGAGUUGCUUCGUUUGCCAUGCUUUUUUGGCAACUGA